UAUAUUCGCAUUAUUUAGAAAAAUCGUUGAUCAGAAACCCAGACCUCUGUGUAACUCGUAAAAGUCAACUGUUUACCUGGGAAACAGAAGAUUAAUGGAAGAAAAUACCCAGGCGUAAAUGAAGAAGAAAUCGGAGCCAAAUCCGGAGAGAGGGCAGGAAAAUUGACUGACGAGAUUGUAUUUAGCUGUGUUCUAUUCCCAUUAAUUACCUAUGAAAUAACUUUAAAGCUUUGCGGAGCGUUGCGUAUAUCCCUCUACUUACUUCGAUUUAACUUAGAUAAAAGAAAGGCACGGUUCGUUUUAUCGAUUGACCGAUCAGUCAAAAUAAUUUUUGAUCCUUUGACGGAAUGGGAAUUUGAUUCGACGAAAAGAGCGGAAAAGGAUUUUCCUGCUGCCCUUUUACAUCCUUUUUUUUCAUUCACCUACUCUCAUCUAGCAACAACGCCGGAUAAAGUCAACAAGGUGGCAAUAAAAACAGUCAGACAAGCGAGCAAAAAGGCGGACCCAAAUGCGGAAGGAGCGGAAAUUUUCCUACCUGAAAAUCCACUUCCGGGUCCGAUUGUGUUGAGUAAAUGAAAUGGCAAAUGCAUCUGCAUAUUUCUCAAGUCCAACCAAACCUUAUUUACGUAGCGUAUACCGUGCCUGUUAGUCUAUCAAAUCUGAUCGUAUUAAGUCUGGUGUUGUUAACGAGAAAGUGGAGACUUUGCGUUCAGUUAUUUAGAUCAUCCUCUUAACUUCAGUUAAUUUAAUAAUUUGCCUAUUAGACAGGCGCCACCUUCAUCGGCGGCAGUCUGCAAUAAAGAGAGCAACGGCAACGAUGGCUACUAACAACUCUACAGCUGGUAUGUUUUCAAUGUACAGCAGACGUUUAAUACCUUAUUCAACUUUGAUGGCUACUGGAGUCGUCUUCAACAUUCUUUCAGCUGCUGCUAUGCUGCAUAUGAGAGUUCCGAGAACAGUUCAUCACCUUCUCCUGUUUAAUCUUGCCGCUUCUGAUAUGUUAGGUAGUUUACUCCUGUGGUUCUAUAAAGUGUCACCUUUAUUACUGCCUAGAGUGAUACCUAACGACAAUCCGACCAAGUAUUGUUUGUUUAAGUUACUGGGCUUAGCUUUUCCUCUAAUUUUUUCUCUCUUCUCAACUCUAUUUGCGCUACUAAGCCUUGCAGCGAAGCAAUGUGUCUCUAUCUGCAAUCCAUUAUUUGCCGCCACACGUUUAACAAAACGUGUUGCUUUAACAGGAAUUUUGAGUUUAUGGAUUACUUCAAUAGUCAUAUCUCUCACUCCUGCGAUUACUGUUAUAUUCAAAAACGGCCCAAGUUGCGUGCAGUUUGUACAGUCGUGGUCGCAAAGGUGCAUAGAAAUUUGUGCAUAUGCUCUUAGUGCUCUUGUUCUACUAAUUAUCUUCCUUUAUCUUCUUAUAUAUCGAGAAGUCAUUGCCUACCGAAGGCGUAUUCCAGAACUUACACAACAGCCGCUUAGACGUCAAACUGGAAAUUUAAAUAGAAGGGAUAAUCGUAGCGAAACGGAACGUAAUUUUAAAGCCUUCCUGACGACCGCCCUACUUACCGGAGUUCUCUUCCUGUUUUGGUUACCUUAUAUGGUAAUGUCUUUUGUUACCUUUCAUGUUAAUAUCACAACUAUACCCUCAUGGGUAGUUGACUUAAAAUUUUUUGGGACAGACUUUUUUCCCAUGUUUAACUUCCUCAUUAAUCCUGUUAUUUAUGGUGUUCGUAUGAGAGAGAUACGUGAAGGAUAUAAAAGACUAUUUGCACGUUUUUUACCCUGUAUUUCUUCACCACCCACUUUGAGAUCUCCAUCCACAGAUGGACGUAGCUAUUAUAUGACAACCUACCGGAGCUCUCUUGUAAAAUUUUCAACUAUAGAUGCUAAACGACAUUCCUUAGACGAGGAGGGUGAAUAAUUUAAAAAAUCGUUUGUAAUAAUGUCAGAGCGAAUGAAUGUGGAAUUUUUGGAUUGUCCGGUAUUUGAGUUACCAAUCUAUUCCUCUUUCGUGCUUUUUUGUCUUAUCAAAGGGUUAUUUCUCCAUAUUUGACAAAGAAUGUAGAAAAAAGGUAAUUUUUUAAUUAUUUAAUUACAAAACUCCUUAAAUAAACACCAGAGAUGUAAAUAAUGGUGAAAUAGAGAAAAGUUUAUAUAUAUUGUAUAAAUAUAAACAAAUUUGUAUAUAUGCAGGCCACAAUGAAUAUAUAGUAUAUAUACUAUAUACUGUAUAUAUAUAUAUCACACAUAUAAAUGAUUUUACUUGCUGAAAUAUGAAAAGAGAACUUAUAUAUUUUGUAUUUCAAGUGUCACGAAAAAUCUAUAGUGUAAAUCAAAACAUAUUUUACCCAUCUGCCACCAAUCAACACAUUCGUGCUAAUUAAGCGAAAAACACGUUUAUGAAACAUAUAAAGGAUUCAGUGCGUGAUUUUUAGAAUGAAAUAUCAUUGGUGAAAAGGAAAGGCGAAAGCUUAAAGUUUGUGCUACACGAAUAGCAGCAUUGUUUACCAUCCAUCAAACUCCUUCAGUUAAUUCGACUUUUGCCCAUUUCAGCCAUGACCGGAACGCUGUAUUAACUUGUUUUGUUUUCCAUUUAAAAUACAAUUGAAUCUUGUUUGUACACUAUCGAUAUUAGAUAAUAGAAAAAUCCCUAUUCUUCUCACCAUGCUUUUGAUAAAUCUUUCUCGCAGCAUCAAUAUAUUAUCAUUUUCUACGGUUUUCUUCUAUUAUAAAUAUAUUUAUAGAAAGGUUUCAGGGAGCAUAUAUAUUUAUAUAUCUAAAUAUACAGUAUAUAUAUUAUAUAUCUGAAUUUGAUAUACACUUUCUCAAUUUAUUAUUACGCAUAAUAG